GAUCAACCCGGACAACUACGAGCAGAGACAAGUAAUAAUUCACGUUUGGAAGUCAACUUUUUGGAAAAAUGAAAUGUCAGACGUGCCAGAAGACCAACUCUAAGGCUUGCAGUGGUUGCCGGAAAAUUUAUUACUGCUCAAAGGAAUGCCAACUGAGCGAUUGGAAAGUUCACAUGAAAAUCUGCAAAAUCAGAUCUGCUGAAGGCGGCAACCAAAGGCCCAGCGUGGAGACAAGUUUUCAUUCAACUUUUGGUGUCAGCGAUUCUGAAAACAUGAAUUGUAGGAUGUGCCAAAAAACCAACGCUAAAGCUUGCACUGGUUGCAGAAAAGCUUGUUACUGCUCAAAGGAAUGUCAGUGGAAGGAUUGGAAAGCUCAUAAAAAGAUCUGCAGAAUUACACCGGCUCCAAGCGGCAAUGAACAACCAAUAGUUGAGACAAGUGCGAAUCAAGCUUCGGGAGUCAAGCGGGAGAGGUUUCAGCUAAUGGAGCUGCAUUCCCUGCAUAAAGACAAAGCAACCUCACUUGGGUUGCCUUUCAUACCCGAUUACACUACGGAGUUUCUGGAUGAAUAUCCAGAACACAUUCACUAUCACCACGCAAACGAAAUGGCGGGCCUAGAAUUAGAAUUCAUUAGUCGUUUUUAUAAUAUCCACGACGGAGGAAAUGCUUUUACUGACGAGGAUUUCUCCCUGGAACUACUUUUGAAGCGAUGGAACAUACCCGAUACGCAGUUUUUGUUUCAGUUUUUAGCACGAAACGAUUUAGAAGACGGACACAUUUGCGAAGAACAUAAUUUUACAUACCUAACUACUUUGCAAGGCACAAACAGCAUCGUAGACAACGUGCAUAUUUUGCGCAAUACUCCGAGUACAAAUCUCGUUUUCGAGUGUGGUCGAAAUUACGUAUCCAUUGGUUAUGUUGAUCUAAGUCAGCUUUUGUGGGGUUCAUAUCGAAACGACAAUGACGGAGUGAUACACUUCUACGGCUACGAUCAGGCUGAAGUUACAGUAGCGAGAAGUAUCUUGAUUUACGAAAUGUUGAAGUCUGAGGUGAGUGACAAAACGAUUCUGCAAAUUUGGUUUUCUUCGUGCUGGGAUAAAGAAACACAACAAGAUUUCAAGACAUUUCUUCAAAACGAAGUACCAAAUCUCGACAAUGAUCUGCUCAACAAGUAUGCUCACAAUUGGAAACGAAAGAUGAACAUGACGACAGAAUUCGCGCAGUCGGCUUUUGCACAACCUUUGACUGUGCUUGAUUUCGCGCCUAUGAGUAACUUGAAAGUCAAAGAUGACAGAAUGGCAUAUGGUCAUUACUGCCUUACGGGUUGCAUUUUCACUGAAGGUGUUGUAGUUUGUGGAAAUUGCACUAUGUUUCCUGAUGCAGAUGAUAAUUGGAAGAAAAUCAGAUCUGAAAUGUUCUACGCCGUGAUAGACAUGACUCAAAUUGCGAGCAAGUUGACAGAAAGCGAUACAUCUCUUAUCAAGUUCAUAGCGUCGCAAACACACAAAAAGCUAUCCGAGUUGCGAGGAUUCGUUCAAAAUGGGAAAAUAAAAUGCCACUUAUCAGUAAAAACAGUCGAGACUAAUGAUUUCCGGUUCGCCGGUGAUGUCAAAAAACUGGAACCUCAUGUGAUAGACUGGAGUAACGUGCCUGAUUUUUGGCCCAGAUUCGACUUCAUAGAUUUUGCGGAGAGUUGCAGUGGACUUAAAACUCUGCACCGUUUCCACACAAUAAACUGGUCACACAAAGUGUAUGGUACAUCGUACUUGGAUUACAGGGAUCGGAGAGAUCUUUUGGAAACAUUAUUCAGAAGCAAAAUCGAGAAAUUGAAUGUUACCGCCAACAAAGUCAAAGUUAUGCUACCAAAUAUUGACCGAUUGAUCCAACUACCGUUGUUCAAAAUGCCACACAAUAAGUUAUCAUCACCAUCAGUUGCAGCAGAUAAAUUUGGUGGAAAGUACUUGAAAUAUUUCAUGACUGAUCGAAACGGAAAAGUUCUGAAUCAUUUCAGAGAGAAGCAUGAAAUCUUCUGGGAUAUCUUUCUUGAGAGCGCUAGUCACACUAUGAUAUGCGCGUUUUCAUUUGACGAUACUAUUCAACUAGACAAAAUUUUUUAACUUGAACGCACCUGCAUCCAAACAGAAAAAUUACUCUUUAUAACUAAACUGAAAUUUGUAAUCUGUCAGCUAUAAGAAGAAACUUCAAUGUGGGGGUUGUUUUCUUGAAUACCCGGGUUGACCUCCA